AUGAGUAUCCCAUUUCAUAAUCUCAACAUAAAUGAUUUGAAUGUAAACCAAUCAUCUACAUCUACUCCAAUUAAAUUAGGCACUAGUGCUGUGAGCUCUGACGUCGAAGGAUUAAUGUAUCAGCAUGCGAAAGAUAUCGGCAUAACACUUGUUACUAUAUCCCAUCGACCAUCUUUAUUCAAAUAUCAUUCACAUUUACUACGUCUCGGAGAUGAAGGUACCUGUGAAUUUUCGACAAUUGGUACCGAACAAGAACGCAUGUCUUUGGAGAAGGAGGUGGCCGCUUUAGAGGCUAAAUUGAAAGAUGUCGAUUCAUUGAAAGCCAGAAUUGCGGAAAUCAAUAAAGAACUACAAUUGAAUAUAUGA